AAUAUAUCUAUCUAUUUGGUGGGGGAGGGAUAGUUGUGGAUGGUUUGAUUUCUGCAGCGAUUCUGGGAUACCAGAUCAUCUCUGGAUACAUAUCUGCAAGGAACCUCUUGGAUACUGCAGGAAUCAUGACAGAAGAUGUCCAAGUUCCAACCAGCAUGUCUGAAUAUAAUCGGAACAUGCCCUCUGAAAAACCUCAGCUCCAGGUCAUUGAUAUUAUUGAUCAAAUUGCAAAUUCUGUCGAGAUAUUUCCUUACGAAACGGCAGAUCCUAUUCCUGGUUCCCCACUUGCACAAGGAAACCGAGGAGGAGGCAAACAUUUAGCAAAGAGCACAGCAUAUGAAGUUUCAGUUGGGAUAAAGGAACUUCAAGGAGAGCCAGAUGGAAACAAGGAGAGAGAAACUGACAUCUUUUCCCAGGAGACAAGAAGUUGGGAAGAAGAAUCCAGAGAAGGCUUUUGUGAGGAGAAGCAUCCUGUGAGCACUACAGACCAUAAAGUAGCUAAGAUGGAAGAAAGAAAGAUGGAGGAACCCCAGAUUGAAGAAGUCUACAGCACUAAUGAGGUGGUGGUAGAGGAGGAACAGGAAGAGGCAGAGCUGAGUGAACCCAAGGAGCCAAUGAAAGAGGAAACACAACUAGAAGAAAAUGAAUCCACGGCAGAGGAAGACUUCGAUGGCACUGAAGAAAUAAUGCAGAAGGAAAGCAAUGAGGAUAAACAUGAAAAGAGGCUGGAGAGCAGCAGCAAGGAUUUCCUUUCUGCCACUGCCAGCUGUAACUCUCAGACUGAGAAACCUGCUGAUCAGCUGAGCUUGGUGAAGAAAAAUGAUAUCUCCAGGCACAGUUAUUCUCGAUACAAUACAAUAUCUUACCGGAAGAUCCGGAAAGGAAACACUAAACAGAGAAUUGAUGAAUUUGAGUCCAUGAUGCAUUCAUAAAACUGAGGCAGAGGAUUUGAUGGGCAUGCUGCGAUUCUCCUCCCCUCCCCAAUGCCAGACAUUUAUCCACCUGUAAUAUCAAGUUAUCAAAAUAAAUUUUGCAGCUUCAAUCCAACCUAAGCUUACCUGUAAUCUAAGUGCUACAACCCUAUGCACCCUUUCUGUUUGGGAACAAGCUCUCUUGAUCACAUUUACUUCCAGAUAGAUAUGCAUAGGAUGGGACUGCAUGGUUGCAGGCUUAUGCAUUGUUAUCUGGGAGUACUGUCCGUUGGACUAUUAGGGGACUUGCUUCUGAGUACAUAGCAUGUGGAUACGCUUGGGCUGGAAGUCUCCUUGAAACUAACAGAACAAGUUAACUGUGCUCCUACUGCUUUUGGUGGGACUGAUGCAUGUCUGCUCAAAAGUAAGUCCCAUUGAGUUCAACUGGACUUAAUCCCGCAAGUGUGUCUAGGAUUGCAGUCAUAAAUUACAACUAACUUUCAUUGGAUUGGAGCUAGUAUGUGCAAUUUGACCGCACGUCAGAAAUGUAACCACAACAAUACAUGCAGUAACUUAAAUCAGCAAUGUAAUAACUUUAACCUAGCUCAAUCAAAAAAGGUAUUUUAGAGAUAGUUUCCCACCCAACCACCCAUUUUUGGUACUGAAAUGGAAGAAACAGCUAGGGGAUGCCAACCUUUGGCAGCCAGCAGGCACAUUUUGAAUUUUGAAAGAGUAUUGCAGGCACCAGUCAUGAAAUGGCUGCCGUGGGAUCAUGGCAUGACACAAAACUGCUGCUAUGAGGGCAUGUCAUCUACAUCUAAAAGAGAAGAAAAUAGACAGGACCACAAAAUGGUGUGAGCGCCUCCUCCCAGCUGUGGGGUGGGGAAGGCACAUCAGCCACUGUUACACUCACACAGAGAGCUCUUUGCAAUUCUCCUCAGUUCAGAACAGAUGGGAGGAUGGGUGUCAAAUCCUGGCAUCCAGUGAAAUGUGGAGACAUGUGCAAACAGGAACUGAGUAGGGAGAAGAAACAUUUUUGAGGGGAUAUUUACUAAGACGCUUUUGUGGGUGCCAUAGGACACACCGCCACAACAUGGGCAUAAUAUUGGUGACCUUUUAGAUAGCCCUGGACUAAUUUGUAAUCUCUUUAAAGCACACACACAGAAUAAUCAAGAUGGUUCUCCAUUCUGGUGAUUUCCUGACAAAUAGAGUAGACUUGAGGAUACCGUUACAAGAAUAAAGUUAUUACUUGUUGCAAUUGCUAUGAUCUCUGUUUUUAAAGGUUUUCUGUGAGCAUGAACUAUACCACCUUUGAAACCCACUUCCUGCCUGUUUUCCUAUUCUAUCAUUCUGUGUUGAGAGAAAAUAACUGCAUACAUUUGCACCAGCUAGUUGUAUUAGUCUUACAUUAUAGGCAUUGACAAAAUGAGUCCAGGAGCUACUUUAAAACUACUUUAAAAUCCUUUUCACAUUUUCUUGGGAGAAAACCCCACUGAAUAUGGUGAAUCCUCUGCAGAGCUUUGGUAGCCGGUGUUAGAAUGGUUAGCAACAUAUGUGUUGUUAAUAAAAAGGCUGAAACACUGUUUUCCAUUUCAAAAACUUGAAAUCCAGACUAGAACCAGAUUUACUCAUCUCACAAAUAAAUAAUAACUGUAUGCCCACUAUUCUCACAAAACUAGUUCUCACAAUUUUGUCUGCCAAAUAUUGUUCCAUCACAUUCCAGUCAGCAAUUGAGAACAUCAACACUGCGUACUAGUAUCAAUUAAUAUACAGACUGAAUGUUAACAUCAUGUUUGCAAAUGACUACAGUAUUAAAAUAUAUGUACUUCAGCUGUUAACAUUCUUUGGUUGAUAUAUUGUUAUAACCUU